AUGGAAUGCGGUUGUGGUGUAGCGAUGGGUAUUGACAGGAAUGACCCAAGGGCUCGACAGCUGCUGGAGAAGUUGCUGAAGAAGGGCACGGGGGCCUCGGGGUCGGGAUCCAAGGUGCUGGCGCCUGCCCGUUUGGCGGGGGAGGUAGCACCUGUAGGGCUGACACCGAAUGUGGAAGCGCGGUCGCCGGGGCGGGCGCGUGGGCAGGACCGUGGGAAGAGGCCGGCAGGGGAGGAGAGGGAGGCGACCAGGGCGAAGAGGCCGAGGGUCGAGGAGGCUGACGUGGAAGAGGUGGUGGUGCCGACGCCGACCAUACAUCCGGAGAGGUUGGCUGACUUCGUUGAUACAGCGAGGAUGGUGAUCUCGAGUGAAAUGUCCUGGAAGGGGUUGAUGGGGGGCGAGAGCACGUAUGCCACGUCGAUGGCUAUGGCAUUUGAGCAGAGCGUGCGGUGUGGUCAGCUGCUUGUGUGGUUGGUGCAAGCGCUCUUCUCGCAUUAUGGGGCGGUUCGGCGGGUGAUGAUCCACAGGGAGAAGGACGUUGCCCGGGUGGCCGAGCUGAGACGGUCGAGGGAGGAGGCCAGGAAGCGCGAUGCCGAGGUGAAGGCCGUGGUGGACCGAGCCAAGAGGAUGGCAGAUGAGAGCGCAAAAAAGGAGGUCGAGGCCGUGUGA